GGGGAUGCCAUUAGCCAUAUGAUUGGUUGGUUGAAGCUGUAAUGCACAAUAAUACAGUCAUAAAAUACAAGUAAUUUACGUGGGCCUCAUCACUUUUUGCACGCACCUUCAUACACCCUCACUACGUGUAUUCUUCUCUCUCACCUACACACAGACACAAAAGCUUGACCCUUCCAGCGAAUCAGAUUCCAUCCUUUGUACCCUUUCUCUCGUUGCGUCCAUCAUCGCUUCUAUCAAUACCUGUACACUUUGCCUCUCUCUAAUUAUUGAUAUAAUUUAUACAUGAUUUGAUUUUCAUUAUAGAUCGUAUUUUGGUUCUGGGUUGCAUUAGUUAUCGUCCGAUAGUUUAGGAAUAUAUUUGGAGAGCCUUGGUGAAGUCAAUUUGAUAAACGGCUGAUAAAAGAUUAUGCUUUCCUCAAAAGUUCAUUGAUAUUUCAACGGGGAGCUGUUUUAUUCUGGGCUUGUGGUAUUGUUCAUUCUGUUUUCUUGGGUUCGUAGAAUCAGGAAGUUCCUAUUUUUUUGUGCUGAAUUUCUGGAUCUGGGCUUAUGAUUUGGGAUUUUAAGAAUAUUAAUCUUGGUUAUGAAGGUUUGGUGAUUUGCUAUUUGGGGUUUGAUCAAUCUCCAAGUUCGUAUAGGUUCCUUGGAAAUGAAUCAGAUGGUAGACUUGGAAUCACUGAAUAAUCAUUGUUUGGAUUUGGAUUAUUCUGCUUUGGAUUUGCAAUUUUUCAGCUAUUUGAUUAAACUUGAAGGGCUAUAGCAUUUUCGGAGCCAUUUCUUUCUCAGCUGUUUUUAUUUAUUAAGUUAUGGAGCAUCUUCCAGUAGAGGUCAUUGGGAACAUACUAUCACGGCUUGGGGCCGCCCGAGAUAUUGUAAUUGCAUCUGCAACAUGCCGAAAAUGGCAAGAAGCAUGGAGGAAUCAUCUCCAUACCCUCACAUUUAAUUCUAAUGAUUGGUCUCUGUAUCAUGAGUUCUCCAGGAGCAGACUUGAGAUACUUAUUACUCAAACGAUAUUUCAAAUCAAUGGACUGCAGUGCCUCACAAUAAUUCUCGAUGAUGUGGAUGAAUUCUCUGCUGCCCCAGUUAUUGCUUGGCUCAUGUACACGAGGGAAACAUUGCGUCAGCUGCAUUAUAAUGUAAGGACGACGCCUAACAUUAACAUUCUUGAAAAAUGUGGUAGGCAGAAGCUUGAAGUCUUGGCUUUGUCUCACAAUACUAUUACAGGGGUUGAACCUAGUUAUCAGAAAUUUCCCUGUUUGCUUUCUCUCUCUCUGAGCUAUGUCAGUGUAUCAGACUUGGAUCUGAGUCUUCUUCUCACUGCCUGUCCAAAAGUUGAAGUCUUGACCCUUGUCAGUCUAGACAUUGUUAUGUCAGAUCAACAAGCACCAAUGGUCUUGAGCAGUAACUCAUUGAAGGAUAUUUAUGUUGAAGCAAUCAGCGUGGAUAAGUUCAUAUUAGAAGCUGAUAGCCUGGAGAAGUUGCACUUGAAAGAUUGUACACUUGACGUUUUUGAGCUAGUUGGCAAGGGGAUGUUGAGGUUCCUGAAGAUCGAUGAUGUUAGUGUCAUCCAUCUUGAUAUUGGUGAGAGUGCUGAAAAUCUGGAGGUUGUGGAUGUGAGCAAUUUUACGAUCAUGUGGGCAAAGUUCCAUCAUAUGAUCUCAAGAUCAUCAAAGUUGAGAAAGCUUAGGCUGUGGGGUGUUGUGUUUGAUGAUGAGGACGAGGUGGUUGAUAUAGAGACUAUUUCUUCAUGCUUUCCUUUAUUAAGGCAUCUAUCCCUGAGUUAUGAUCUACGAGAGGCUGCAAUACACUAUGGAUUGCUAGGUUCAUUUGUUUUGGAGAAUGUAGUUGUGUUGGAACUUGGGUGGACAGUAAUUAGCGAACUGUUCUCACAUUGGGUGUCCGGACUUCUAGAAAGGUGUCCACAUCUUAGGAAGUUGGUCAUCCAUGGGGUUGUUUCAGAGACCAAAACCCCUGAAGAAUGCAAUAUGCUAGCCAACUUCACAUCAUGUAUUGUAAGACUCAUGAGGAAGUAUCUACGUGUAGAGGUUCAAUUUGAAUAUGAAUAGAUAUUGUACUGCAUAAGCAGGUACAUGACCUUCGGAGGAGGUUCUUCAUCUUUCUGUGGUCUUAUCUUUCCCAUAUAAAUUUUGGUCAGAUGUAUAUCAAUCAUAUUUUUCGUGUACGAGUUCAUCUCAUGCUUGCAUAUGGUGAUAAUCUUAUUAUUUUUCUCAGUGAUUUAAGUUUGCAAUAUGUUGUUCUUGUUUCCCAUGAGGAGGAUUUUCAAUCCCAUUUAUUGUUGUUUCUUA